GUCGCGGAUGCCGGUACUGGUAAAAAAUGUUUCGCUGUUGUGAAUUUCAAAUAAAAUUGGCAAAAUGUCGAACCAACGCAAGGACAUGUGGAAGCUGCUCUACAACCACGUCAACCGAAACGGGGCCAACUUGUCCCGGGUGUACACUGUGAUCGAGGAGAUCCUGUGCCAGGAGCCGAGCCUGAUAAGCUGUUCGUUGGUGCGGGAGCUGCACACCAAAUUCCAGGACACGUUUCUAAUUUGGCUGCUCAACAAACUGGCCAAGUGUUUGAGUGAGCCCGGCGACGGCAGUCGGUGCAUCAAUCUGCAGAGGAAAAUACUCAGCUCCUGCUGCUCCAAUCACCCAAAGCUGUACGAGCGCCUGGUGCUGGCCUAUGUGGAAGCCCUGCAGGAAACGCACCAGCAGCUGAGUGCCCUCGACCUCGGCAGUCCAGGGUGCGACCAGCCUAGGCGAACCAUAUGCCUGAGCAUCUUCCAGUGCGAUGCGGCCUGCCUCCAGGAGUUCGACCAACAGUGCGCGUUCGAGGACAUCAGGGUGCCCAUUGAGCAGGCUGACUUGUAUGCCAAGAGUCUGCUAGAGGUCCUGGGGCAUGCUCAUCACAUUGGAGGCGACACGCACGAGGACAUAUUCUCAGGCAGCCUGCAUCAGGCCCUUCUGAUCCUCAAGGAGUGCGACAUGGACACGAAGCUGACCAGCUUGGACUACUGCCACCGUGUCCUGCGGUCCCAGUCGGCCAGCAGCUGGCUAACCAAUCCGGAUGUUGCCCAUUAUGCGCAGCUUACCCUGGAGGCAACGACAAUCAUGUGGUCCACGGUUUCCAAGGCACUGGAAAUGGGCUGUAUGACACGCCAGCAGCUCAAGGGGUUGAAUGUGACCACCAGAGAACUGCUGCUCGUCCUGCAGCUGCGUGGCCGACCGCCUCUUCAGCUUGGCUAUCUCCUCCUGAAUGAGAUUCUAAGUUUGCCCGCAGGCAUUGCCGUGGACGAUGGCCUAUUGGAAGCUUUAAGCAACUUUGUUCAAGGCCAGCUGGAGUAUUCGGUGACUUCGCUGGAGCAGCUUGUGCACCUGCAGGAGCUCCUGUUGGGCCACUGGAAUUACCACUUUCUGCCCAUACUAGCUCCCAUGGCUCUGAAACAGACUGAGGUUCGAGCCACAGUGGUGCAGGCCCUGACCCAAGCCCUCGUUCGAAUAAUGGGCAAGAAGGAAGUGUUGCCCGGCGACUGGAGGGAGUCGGUGGUCAUUUUACGUACCUUCAAGCAGCUGGAGCAGCUCGUCCUUUCGCAGAGCCAGCUCAGAGUAGCUGACCAGGUGAAGCACAUCAACUCUGCAGUGUUGGCCAAGUUGCCGCUGCAGUGCGAACUUAUAAACAAGACGGACGCCAACUGGAAUAGUCUUUCAAUGCAACUGGUCGAGCAGGAGUCGAAAUGCCCCUCGGCCGAGAGGCACAUAUACUUUGAGAUCUGCUCGCUUCUAAUGCAGGUCGCCUUCAUCAGACACUUCCUGAAGACGCAGACCCAACACCAGCUGCUGGCAAUUCUUCAGCGGCACAUGCAGCUGUCCCACCUUUGCGCCAUUCGAUUGGAGACGCCUUCCAGUGCCCAUACCCAAAUGCAGAGCUUCUUUGCCCAGCAGCACAUGAGUCUCAUUCGAACGGAGGAGACACAAGAAGUGUUCUGUGACAAUCUAUCGCAGCUGUACAUAGCGGGCUACAUAAAGCCGGAACAAUUGUCAAAGGCUCUGCCCUCUAUCGUCGAUCCAAGGGGGCGCGCUCAUGUCAUCCGCCUGCUUCUGUGCUCCCAGCCAGGCACUUUGAGUGUCUUUAAGGUCCAGGACCGCCUCAGGCUCUACUGCCCGAACUGCAGACCAUUGCCAGAUAAACUUCCGGGCAUUUAUCUCGGAAAAUGCAAGCAGCAACUGGCAAGUCUGAACUUCUCCGGCGCCACCCUCAAGCUGAUAGCGAAAGAUUUUUUGUUUUGUCCCGAAUUUGCCUACAUUUCCCAUCACUUGGAGCUGCUGAGUUUCGAACCCAACGAGGUCCUACGGCUGCUUGAGGAAACGGACGCACUGGAGAGGCUAAGCGUGGAGGGCUUCGGCCUACUGGUCCCUGCGGUGCGAGCCCUUUCGCCGGAUUUCAUGCAGCAAUUGGCCAGUCUGGUCCUUGGUGCCAUUAAAGCCAUGCUGGACAAGCCGCUGCAGGAGCAAAACGUUUGGCACCAGAGGGCCAUGCUGCGGAUACUGGUCGCCAUUGCUCAGUCGGAAGUGGAUGAAAUAUGGCUCUUCCACUGGUUCAAAAUGACGUUCUUUUUCCUGGUGCACACCUAUUCUCUGGUGGCCCAAGAGGCCAUCCUGGCGGCCACCAGUAUGUGUGCCAGCCACGGUCUGCAGACGAUCAAUCUGUGGAACUGGUACAAGCGAGAUGCCCUCGACCUGACCGUUCGCCUGGCUCUGACCGGAUAUCUCUCGGAUGGCGUUCGCUUCACCCGCUCCCUCAGGGCGCUCACUAAAAUGUUGGGAUUCACCUGCGUCCAGGAGUUCACCUGCAAGUACCAUCGCCUGCUGACCGCCAUGGUGCUGCCGCACUGCAUCGUUGAGCCGCGUUGCAAGGGAGUCCUGGUGCUGAUAGCCAAACAGUUGCGCAAACCCAUCGCAACCUUGUUCUCCACCUCCUUCCUGCGGCUCUACACCCACGUCUACCUCACCGAGGAUCCGGAGCUGGCCAACAGUUGCAUCGAGCUGGUGGUCAGCUGCACCCAGUCCAGCCUGCAGCAGCUAAUGAACGCGGAUGUGAAGCAAACGGUGGCCGAACUGCUGAUUUACUUCAACCGGAACCCAACGUUCGUGAUGCGCUCCUUCCAGAGCCUGCUGCAGCUGGCAGUCGGUUCCGAGGAGGAGCUAUCCAGCCAGACGGCCAACGCGGAGUUUGCCAACUUCAUUGCCGAGCGCUUCCUGGGUGUGAUCACGUACUUCGAGAGCUGCCUGAGCGAGCCGUCGUUCGAGAAGCCCCUGAAGGAGGAGACCCUGUACAGCUUGGGCCAGAUAAUGCGGUUCGUGGGCUCCCAGCACGUGACGCAGUUCCGCUUCAAGAUCAUCGCCAUGCUGAGCUUCGUGCACACGCUGCAGGAGCAGCGCCUGCAGCGCAUUUGCCUCCGGAUCUGGCACAUCUUCCUCCAUGUUGUGAAUGUGCAGGAGCUGGGACCGUCGCUGGGCAGGAUUGUGGCCACCCUGCAGCCGCUCCUGGCGGACGGCGACAGCGUGAGGCAGGUCAACGAGCUCUAUGAGUUCAUCAUCCUGCGCAACGCCUCCAUGCUGGGCAGCUUUAUGACGGACCUCUACUUCCUCGAUCGCAUGGAGCAUGUCUCGCCCACCAUUCAACGCUGCGUCCGCCGGCACACAGCCCACCUGCACCUGAAGGGAUCGGCGGAGGGGGACAAGGAGGGCACAGUAAGUACACCGCCCCAGCUACUGGAACAGUUGCGCUUCCUGCAGAAGCACAUCACCGACGAGUGCCUGCAGGUGCGCGUGUACGCCCUGCAACACCUUGGGGAACUAUUCGGGCGACGACGAGAGCUGCUGAACAGCACGAUUUUGAGCGAUGUGCCGCUGGAGCCGCUGCUGGAGGAGAUUGUGAACGUGCUGAUGGCCGGCUGCCAGCACGACGAUCGCCAGCUGCAGAUGGCGUCGGCCAAGUGCCUCGGCGAACUGGGCGCCAUCGAUGCCAGCUACCUGGUAGCGAACUACAGCUUCGCCAGUCCCGAACAGCUGCCGCUGAACAUUCUGUCCGACGACUUUGCCGUGCUGGCCCUGACGUCGCUGUGCCGUGGCUACCAGUUCCAGCAGAAGACCAAGCACGUGGACAGCUUCUCGCUGGCCAUCCAGGAGACGCUGGCCGUCUGCGGCAUCUCGCCCAAGGAGCAGAAGAAGCUGCAGCUCUGGCACUCGCUGCCGGCACGAAUGCGCCAGGUGAUGGAGCCCCUGCUGCACUCCUGCUACACCAGCUGCCAGCGACCCAGCAGCUGCCUGCAGCAGCCGCUCUUCGGGAGCCACUACUCCUUCAACUUCUACGAGGAGUGGGCCUUCCUCUGGGCCAGCCGCUUGAUCGACUGCAUCCAGUCGCCGGACAUUCGCCACCUGCUGAGCUCCUACAAGCCCUGCAUCAAGCGGGACGGCAACAUGCUGAGCACCUUCUACCCCUACAUUCUGCUCCAUGCCCUGCUCGAGUGCACGCCGGAGCAGCGUGGUCACAUGCAGGAGGAGUUCAUGGUCGUGCUGCGGGCCAACGAGGAGGCCUCCAGCUCGGCCAGGGCUCGCCAGGAGCUGGGGGCCAUCAAGGACAGCGCCUUCAAGCAGUUCGAGUCCCGCAAGUACGCCGCCGGCACGAGGCCAACCCCGAGCGGUUCUGUGCUGGAGCACAAGGAGGACUCCAGUCGGGUGCCCCGCCUGGCUGGCAAGCUGUGCGCCGAGCUUCUGGACUUCCUGCAGCGCUGGCUCAGGGAGUGGCAGCGGGUACACGGUCGCAGCGCCGGCGGAAAGCCGCCGGAGACGAUAGAUCCCAACUACCGGAAGAUCCACGAGUUCCUCAACCGGAUACCCAAGCUGUUGGUGGCACGCGCCAGCUACAAUUGCGGUGAAUACGCCCGGGCCCUCUGCUACCUGGAGGCCUAUCUGGAGGAGGGCGAGGGCGAGGACAAGUCCAAGAGACUGCUGGAGCAGUUCACGUUCCUGGUGGAGGUGUACGGAUCGCUGAGGGAUCCCGAUUCGGUUGAGGGCGCCGUGCAGGUGCGCAGCUACGACAUGAGUGUGAUGCAGGACAUCCUCGUCAACCGGUUGGUGGAGCGGCAGCAGGACAUGAUCACCUCCUACGAGCAGCUGCUCUCCAGCACGGACCACAUGCAGCCGGACCACGUGCGCGCCAUGAUCGACGCCUACUCGAGGGACACGCCCAGGACCGCCCAGCUGAUAGCCGACGGCCUCUGGCAGCGACUGUCCGACCAGUACUCCGACCAGAGCUUCGCUGAGUGCAAGUCGGAGCUGCUCUGGCGCCUCGGCAGCUACGAUCAGCUGGACGAGCUGGAGGAGCUGGAGGAGCUACAGUCCAACUGGCCGGCUCAGUGCUCCCAGGGCUGUCUGCAGCUGCGUAGACCCCUCACCACGCGGACCCAGUUCGACGCGCUGCUGGACGGGAUGCGGGGGUCGGUGCUGGAGCAGCUGCGAAGCUGCUCGGCCGUCCAGCAGCACUCCUACGCCAAUGCCUACGAUGCUGUGCUGAAGCUGCACCUGGUCCACGAGCUGCAGUGCAGCCAGAAGCUGGUGGAGCAGCUCGAACAGGAUAGCGAUCGCGAUCGGGACAGCCAGGAGAAGCUGAUGAAGGAGUACUUCCGGGACUGGCGAUUCCGCCUGCAGGUCAUACAGCCGCAGGUUCGCGUCCAGGAGUCGGUUUACAGCUUCCGGCGCAACCUGCUGGCGGAGCUGCAACGCCGCCUGUCGCAUCGUGGCCACCUGCUGCCCCACUUGCAGACGGAGCUGGCCAGGAUCUGGCUGGACAGUGCGCAAAUCAACCGCAACGCUGGCCAGCUGCAGCGUGCCCAGCUCUAUAUCCUGAAGGCGGCGGAGCACAAACCGACGGGCCUGUUCAUCGAGCGGGCCAAACUGCUGUGGCAGAAGGGCGACCAGGUGAUGGCCAUGAACUACCUGGAGGAGCAGCUGUCGGCCAUGCGGGCGGCCUGCCACGGCAAUGUCAAGCAGCUGGAGGCGGGCCAGCGACACCUGUUCUUCCAGGGGAAGUACCUGCAGGCCGUGUACAGCGCCGAGUCGAUGCACAUGUGCGCGGACGCCGUGCUGAAGUGCUUCGAGGAGGCCAUUGCCGUGCACCGCCAGUCGGAGGGCUGCUACGUUCAGCUGGCGCAGUUCCUGGAGAAGAUGCGCGAGGCCAGGCAGGGCGGUGUGGCGGGGAACAGCGGUGGCGAGCUGGACGACCUGCUGAUCAAUGUGAUGGUGAACUAUGCGAGGUCGCUGCGCUAUGGCAGCGAGCACGUCUACCAGUCCAUGCCGCGCCUGAUCAGCCUCUGGCUGGACACGGCCGAGUCGUCGAGCAACGGCGAGCAGGUGAAGAAGAUGAACGACCUGCUGACCAACUGCUGCACCGCCCUGCCCACGGCCAUCUUCUACACGGUGUACUCGCAGAUGCUGAGUCGCCUGUGCCAUCCGUUGCCGGAGGUCUUCUCCGUGCUCCGCAACGUGAUCGUCAAGCUGGUGGAGGAGUACCCGCAGCAGUCGCUCUGGAUGCUGCUGCCGCACUUCAAGUCGGCCAAGGCCAGCAGGAUCAAGCGCUGCAAGCUGGUGCUCACCGACAGCCGGCUGCAGAGCUCCGCCUUCCAGAAGCUGCUCAGCGACUUCAACUCGCUGACGGAGCGCCUCAUGGAGCUCACCAACAAGGAGGUGGCCCUGGACCGCACCUACAAGCUGAGUGACCUCGACACCCGCCUCACCAAACUCUGCCGACAGUCGGAGUUCUCCGACAUACUCCUCCCCUUCGAGAAGUACAUGCAGCCCACACUGCCGCUCAGCUCGGACAGCGGCUCCUCGUCGCCGCUGUCGCACAUGCCGGCACUCGGCAACAGCAACAGCAGCAGCAGCAGCAGCGUGAAGGCCAACUGGUUCCCCUACCAGCAGAUAUACAUCAGCGGGUUCCAGGAGUCGGUGCUGAUCCUGCGCUCGGCGGCCAAGCCCAAGAAGCUCACCAUUCGGUGCAGCGAUGGCAAGGACUACGACGUGUUGGUGAAGCCCAAGGACGAUCUGCGUCGGGACGCCCGCCUGAUGGAGUUCAACGGCCUGGUCAAGCGGUAUCUGCAUCAGAACGCGCCUGCCCGCCAGCGGCGACUCCACAUCCGCACGUACGCCGUGCUGCCCUUCAACGAGGAGUGCGGCCUGGUCGAGUGGCUGCCCAACCUGGCCUCCUACCGCAGCAUCUGCAUGAAGAUGUACGCCCAGCGGGGAGCGGUGAUGUCCAGCCGACAGCUGCACCAGCUGGCCGUGCCGCUGAGCGACCCCAUUGAGCGCAAGCGGGAGGUCUUCACCAAGAAGCUGCUGCCCGCCCAUCCGCCGGUCUUCCACGAGUGGCUGCGCCAGCGCUUCGUCACCCUGCACAGCUGGUACGAGGCGAGGAACAGCUACAUCCGCACCGUGGCCGUCAUGUCCAUGGUGGGCUACAUACUGGGACUGGGCGAUCGGCACGGCGAGAACAUCCUGUUCGCCGAGGGCAACGGCGACGCCGUCCACGUCGACUUCAACUGCCUGUUCAACCAGGGCGAGCUGCUUGCCUACCCCGAGGUGGUACCCUUCCGGCUCACCCACAACAUGACCAUUGCCAUGGGCCCGCUGGGCGUGGAGGGCAGCUACCGCAAGUGCUGCGAGAUCACCCUGCGGCUGCUCAAGCAGGAGACCAAGACCCUCAUGUCCAUGCUGAGGCCUUUCGUCUACGACGUGGGUGCCCAGACUCGGACUGGCGCCGCCUCGUCCAAGAUAACCAGGGAUGUGCAGCGCAUCGCCGAUCGCCUGCAAGGACACGUCAAGCUUCAGCAGGCCAACAGCAUUCCCCUCUCGACCGAGGGCCAGGUGAACUUCCUCAUCAACGAAGCCACCAAGCUGGACAAUUUGGCAGUCAUGUACAUUGGAUGGGGAGCGUUUCUGUGAACGCAAGUGCUGUGAUCCGUCGAGGGUUUGUACAUUUGUAAAAUAAUCAAUGUUGAAUUUAUAUAGGUCAGAGAACAAUAAAUUGCUUAGCUUCAGAUGAAUAAAAUCACAA